AGAUUUUAUCAUCACGAUACCAGCCCAUCCAAGUCAUUCAACGACUCCAUGACAUGUUAAUUUGUCAAUGUAACAUUGAAUUGGUGUCUGCACACGGCAGCCCGCUCUCUCCCACCAAGACAUCAGAAACUUUCCUCAGCUGUAUCUCGGAUUCUCACGCUGCGAGGCUGUGAUGCCAGUCACGGAUAUCAACAAUACUAACAAGAAAGGGGAGCCCGGCGGGGGGGAUUCUUCUCGGUGUGUGGGAUAUAACCCGGCCAAUCACCGGAACUCAGCUCUCUUGGGCUGCACAUCGAUCGACCAAGCCGCAGUGGGUGCUACCAAAGACAAAGAUGCAUCAAUCAACAUCUCAAAUGCGGAUGUAGUGCCGGCGAAAGUUAAUGUAGUCGAUACACCUCAAGCAAGUUCAGAUGAAUCGCAGUGCACGGCGAUCAAUGGCCCUCGUCAGACGGGACAAGAUAAUUCUCAAACUACCGAAGAGAAUAUUUCUCGGGGUAUGGAAAACCGUCUGCAAGCCUCGCAGUCCACGGUGGCCAAUAGCUCGAAUCGUAUAGAGAUGAAACUUCGUCGACUCACAGAAGGGGAGAACUAUCGUCAAAUUCAAACGAUUGACAGUCAACAAGCAGAGAUUGUGCCUGCCCGAAAGGGUAGCAGGGGUUCUCAGCAUCAGCACACCGAGAAAACCACUUCGCAGCGCACAGAAUCUACCCAAGCAUUCUCUCAACGACAUGGGAUUGGCCUAGCGGGUGUCUCCCUGUCAGACCUUGAGCUUGCCGCCCUGUCAGAACCGAGUACACCACGGAGAUUAGAAAAGGCAGAGAGAUACCCGGACGUGGCCGCAGUGCGACUAGCUUUCAUGGGAACUGCAUGUGGCACCCGAAUUUUCAUCACGCCGCUUAUAGGACCAGAAAGUAUCAAGCAGAAUGCGCAUGAGAAUGAACCAGAAGGAAACGACCACGGAAUUUCUUGGCUCAGGUAUCCAGCUCCGCCAUUGGCCUCGGAGACAUCGACAAUACCCGUCCAGAUUGUCGCCGUGAGUCAAACCACUUACGCCCCCGGGUACAAGGUUAAGGCUGUACUUCCCCCUGGCGGCAGUUCACGAAUACUCGAAUGCACAAUUAUCUUUGACCCCGGACGGGACGAUGUGCUUGUAACUAAUGACUCAAACAUGUCGCCCAUCCACAUCAUUCCCAUAAUGACAGAUCAGCAAGACGAUGCAGAACCGAUUGUUCUCUUUCCCCAAGCAGCCAGAUACGUAUCACCGGGCACGUACCGGCUGAUUGUCUCGGCCUCACAGCGGGCCAGGGCGGAUAAUGAUGAAGACAAACACGAGCUGGUGCAUGUUAAAAUCAUGCCACGUCGGUUUAUUAGCUCAAAAACACCUGCCUUCAAAGAUAAUGUAGAUGCUAUAACCCAAAUCGAAACUCGCAAGCGGCCACCACAGGAUGCACCCUCGUCGGUUAUUGUCCACGGAGACAAACGGGCUCGCAAUGUUCAUGGUGAAGGCAUUUCGUCUCAAGCCAUGAUCCAACAUCAAGUCAAAGAGGGCAAUCCACUCGUGGGCAUUACCGAGAGCCAAAUGGUCCGGAUUCUGGGAGAUGGCAAGGAGAACCGGUACACACUUGCCCCCAGACAGCGCAUCGCCCGCAACAGGGGCUCAGAAGUCUUUGCAGCCUCCCACUCAAACAUGCCCGCCCAGUUGGUCGCCGUAAAAGUCCUCAAGACCGACAAUCACUACUCGCUUGCCCACAUCGUCGAAACAUGGCUCAAGGAGACUCAUAUCCACUCACGCCUUACAAAAUCUCUGUCAGAGAAGCCAGGUGUGUCCGUGCUCAGCAUGCUUUCAGCCGAUGCCCGCCUGCUAUCCAUGUACCAAGAGCACCACCCCUCUCGCUCCCUUGGAUCUUGGCCGCGCUGGCUUUCCACGGGCACUCACAUGUUCACGGGGACAAUGCAAGAUGCACACCGUGUCUUAGUGGACAUGGCAGCAGCCCUUGAGCAUGUGCAUGCUCAAGGUGUGCUGCAUAAUGACAUCAAACCGGCCAACAUACUGUACAGUCCCGAACGUGGUGCCGUCUUGAUUGACUUUGGUCUGGCUAGUCUGGUUUCCUGGCCCUGCGUACACGCCGGUACGCCGUGGUAUUUACCCCCCGAGUUCAGGGCAUUGCCAGAGAGAGGCGAGGCCAGUGACAUGUUCGCGCUGGGGGUGGUGGCGCUGUACCUUGUGGGGUUGCUACCUCUGCCGGAUCGACUGAGGAGGGUCGAGGAGUGGAGGAUUGCGCAUUUGCAUGGUCACUGUCCGGCGACGGAUCAGAUAAAGGCCAUGGAUGCGAUGGAUAGCUGGUUGAGAGAGGUGGAAAUGACUAAGUCAAACAUGCGUAGCAAGAUGAAGACUUUAGACGAACAUGUCCAAGAGGCAGCGAUAUACGGUGCUGUGGUCCAAAUGCUUCAACGGAUGCCCGAAAAGAGGAUCACCGCGCCAAAACUGGUCCGUUGGUUGGACAAAAGAACAGUGCUAGGUAGUGGGUAGCAAUACGGUGCCUCCACCAUGCCAUAAAAUCUUGUGGCUAGUCACGGAUAGGAUGCUGCACAGAAAUUUUAUCUUUGGACAACGGCCAGGAAGGCUUGAAGGUGACGGAUUUCAAGAGAGGUCCCCCGAUAUGUUUGCGGCGCCUGCUCUUAGAGCAGCCUUGAUGAUGCCACCGAGCGAGCAACAUGACGAGCUCACUAGCGUUACCACAUAUGAGAAUAUAUCAAUAAUAAGGGUCACAUAUAAUCCUCGAAGUCAG